CUGUGAGAGUGUGAGGAAGCUGAUUGUCUUCUCCAGGGUUGGGAGUUACCAUAAAUAAUGCUAGAGCAACUCGAAUAAACGCAAGAGUUACCCAUCAUUUGUUUCUCACCAGAAGCUGAUCUAGGCUUUAUCAAUUGGAUUCAAUUUCCAGCUCUACACUCAAGUCUCCAUCUUAAUCAGGACACCUUGUACCCGAAGUCUCCGUUCACCAUGAUGCAAAUCAGCAGCGACCCCUGCAACAAGCACUCCCUCCUCAACGUGAUGAACCGUUUCAUGGCUGCAGCCAACAACAUGGACGAGACCAUCAUGGUGCCAAGCCUGCUUAGGGACGUACCGUUGGAGGAGCAGGAGAGUAAAGAGCCCGUUAAUCACAACAAUAACGAACCGGCUAUACCGAGUAAACAAAGGGACAUGUACGAACACUAUCUUCUGCUCAAGUCUAUCAAAAAUGAUAUGGAGUGGGGCUUGCUGAAACGAGAGAUGAGCAGCGGUGCCAGCUUCCUGGAAAUGGCAGUCAAGCAGGAGGAGCACCAGGAGAAGAGCGGCGUGCCGCCCGAGGAUGACUCCGAUCUUGAGGGCGAGUUUCACUUCCAUCUAAGGGGACUGUUUGGAGUCUUGUCCAAGCUCACAGUGCAGGCUGACCACCUCACGAAUCGUUACAAGAGGGAGAUCGGGGGUGGAAGCCUCAUGAGAUAGACAUGGGAGUUACAUGUUGGAACACUGCUCCUAGGAGCACAUUUUUGAAAGGGGAGCGGAAUGGGCUGUAACCUCAGCACAGCUACAGGGUGUCUAGAUUCCUGUGCUACCAUUUUGAUAGGCCACGGCUCAUCGAAAUGACUAACUUGUGACUUCCUUUUCUUUUCUGCUACAGCUUGAUCUGUGGUUCAGUAAUGUGCUCCCACCCAGCCACACACUGCCAACAGUGUUUUAAAUGGUAAACCAUUCUUGAAUCUAACCUCUGCCCAUGUAGCUUGCUCUGUAAUGGCCACGCGACUCAGAAAUAAGAUAAAGGUGCUGUGAUGUAAGAUCAGGAGAGCCCCAUGUAACUUUUUAAGUUGAUUUAAUUAGACUAUUAACCUCGAUAGUCUGUGCCAUCAACAGGGGCCUGCAUCAACUUGCUGCAUUUCCAGCACCCUGUAUUGUGCACUCAGGAUUCUACAUGUUGACCCAGUCUUUGUGUUUUGAGUGUAUGCAUAUGCCACUCUUGGGGGGGAGGUGGUGGGAGAGAGGGGGAUUUGGGGACGAUUGGGGUUAUGGACCCACAUCCAGGUCCAGACCGUUAUGACUAUAGGAGACAUUGAAUGCUGGCAAUUCUGUACCUCCUUUCUAUUGGCUUGUCCUUUUGGCCCCUUAAGUGUUUUUUUCUCUUUGGCCCCUUGUUACUCUGAUACACUCCUGAUGUCAUACAGCGUGCCUUGGUUUCUUGUAUCCCAACUCUGUUCAGCUGUGUAAGAUUUUACAUGUGACUUGAUGUAUCACUUUACGCAGAUACGCUCUCCAUAUGUCAUGGUAUUGUAAAACCACUAAUUUCUAUGUCUUUGUCCGAAAAUAUUUCAAAAGAAUUUUAUAUUGAACUGUAAUGCAGUACAACUAUUGAAUAAAGCAUUAAAACACA